GAUGGUGUAUCAUCUAGCUACCAGGUAUAAGGCCGGGGCUAAAGUCGGGAAAUAUUUGUUUUGAUAAAAAAUUACUCCAAUCGCUAAAUGGCGACCGUCGCAGACUCAUCGUCACAGGAGGGGAAGCCAAGCUUAACGCCACCUAACGAGUUCCAUUCCACUAUCGGAUCCGAAACCCUAGAAAAAGUUUCUCCAUGGAUCGACUACGCAGUUCAACAAGCUCUUAUCUACAAAAAGACCAUCGAAGAAGCAGCUGAUGAUACCAAUAAUGUCCUUAGAUCCCGCUUGGCGGAAAUUCGUUCAACUUCUUCCGCUCAUUUACAUCAAACAAUAGAUUAUCUACAAGAUUUCAAGUCUGAGCUUCUUGGUUAUGAGGAUAUGUUUUUUCAAAGGAUUAAAGAGGGCGUCAAAAUUGCGGCCUCGCAUUCACUCGUUACGGGAGGGGUUGCUGCUGGCUUGGGGUUGGUUCUCCUGAAAAGGCCAAGACGCUUUUUGUACUACAAUACCUUGCGCUUUUUUGUGAGUGAAGAGUCCUUACUUUCCCGAGCUGAUGCUAAGGUAAAGGAAUUGCGGCAGUCGAUUAGCCUUCUGAAAGCUGAAAGCGAGAAGUUAGAGAAGAGGGCAUCAUUAGCUGAACAGGAGUUGAUUCGGGGAAGAACAAAACUCAGACAAGCCGGAAAGCAAAUUCAAGGUGUGAUUCGCUCUGCUUGUAAGAUCGAAAGACAAGUAGCAGGCUUAAAGGAUAUCCUUGGGGAAUUGCCUAGCAGAGAAGCAUCUAGAUUCUGGUCACAAGUGUCCAGCCUUGCUUCUGAGGCAAAGCGAGAAAAGAAUGCUUUGACUAAGGAAGUGACCAAAAUCAGUAACUAUGGAAUCUCAGUCUGAAAAUGCUUGCAUUGCUUUUCUUUUCCAUGUGCGCUCUCCUGUUUUUAAAAUAACAGUUGCUUAUCUAACAUACAAGAGAUGGAUUCUCUUCUGAGAGUUGCAAGUUUCAGAUUUUGAAUUGUGUUAAAAGAAAAAACAAAAUAAUGCAAAAUGAUAUUCAUUGGCAA